GAGAUAGGGAGGUUGAUCUUGCCAAAGCAAUUGAACAAAUAUAUUACUUACAGAACAAGCAAACAAUAUUGCCAAUUUCACUUUCUGAAAAUCUUGUGUCGUACGCAGUUGCCCGGAGCAAGCUUGUAUGUAAUACAAACUCUUCAUCGUCGCCAGCAGGAUGUCAUUCAUAUGUGACAAACUGGCUUAAGACUCAGGCUGGAACACCACUGUCUUCCCCUGUUGGGGAUGUGCUUUGCGCAUUUGAUAAUGAUCAGGUGAUUGGGAAAACUUAUCAUGUACGACUGGACAAUAAAGUGAAGUCGAGUGUGAUCACAAGUGUUUGCUACGCACAAGUUCAGCCAGACAGCAAUCUACAAUUUUCUGCAGAUUUGAAGCCCGGAAAAUGGCUUAAAGAAGAGGCAAUCAGGAAGACUGUUGAAGAAGUCAUAGUGGAUGAGAACAGUGCCUUCAACAAAGCUGUUAACAACACACACUACAAAGAAGUGUUCAAGACACUGGACGAAAGACUGAAUCUUGUCCGGGACCAGCAGAUUUAUAAGAAUGGCAAGUGGCUUGACCAUGUUGAUGAUGAAAUAAGUCAAGAGUCGGAGAGAAGAGAAUAGAAGUCCUGUUGGUCUUGUGGCACAUUGAAUAUAAAGACAAAACGGAUUUGUGUUUCCUGCUCUGCCAACUUAAAUGCCCCAUCUGCCAUGCCUCCACAAAAUGAUCCUGGCCCAUCCCACCCAUGUUUCAAACCGAAAACCCACAAGCCUGCCUACACCAAACUUGAGUUCUCCUACCUUGACAUUCCUGCAGAUAAUACUUCAACAAGUUCUGGUGUCAAGAUCACUGCUGGAGAGCCAAUCUUCGUCAACCCCAACUCUCAUAGCAGUGUUAUUAAAGUCUUACGUGAAAUAGGCCACCAAACCAACAUCACAAAGUAUGUCAAGGGGGGAUGCCGUGAGUGGGUGGCUAUCACAUGCGAUGGUUUGCCAUUUAGUAUAGCACAGAGGGUAUUGAAGGAGACAUACACAUGCCCUACUUGCCACACAGCCAUCUUCACAAGAAAGAACUACAUAUCCCACGUGAAGGAUCAUGAGGAAUACGCCGACAUGAGCGAGGAUGAUUUACCUUUCGACUUUGAGUUUGAUUGGACGAUCCUUCGAAUUGGCCAUGGUCAUUUCGAAAUGAAUAUGGUUAGAUCCUUCUUCAAGCUCAACUGGGAUGUGUGCAUUAAAGAGUUGGCCAAGUGCAUGGAUUUUUGCUCUGAAAAUGCACAGAAAUAUGCAAAGUCGGGAGGAGAUCACCACAAGGCGUGGGAACUUCUUCAAAUCCUCUACCUAGGAUGUAUUGAUGAAUUGAUCCUUCCCUGCGUUAGGGAGUGCCUUCAGAAAGACCUGGUCUCCACUCCUGAUGGUUUUCUGCGAUGGACCCGUGACAUCAAGAAUCAUCGCUACCAAUACCUCCAGGAGCAGAUGCUAACCUAUGCAUCAGCAAUCAUCCAUCUCCGACGUGGAAUUCGACAGAAUGACAUGGCCCUUGUGUUAGCUGGGAGAGUGAAGUAUGCCCCAAUUUUCCACAGCAGAAAUCACCCAAAAUACCAACAGAUUGAGCUAACUGAAUUGUCUAAUUUCCUGACUGCACCCACCGCACUUCAAGACUUCCUCAAGACUUAUCAGGCCAUCUCAACCUCGGUAGAUCCAGAGCGAUGUGAAGAUAUGGACUUCGUACUCGAGGCUAUCAACAAGAAGAGCAAGUCCUGGGCACCCAGAGGAGUACCCACUCACCAGGAAUGGCAAAAGAUUUUUAGAAAUCUGCAGAAAUUUGAUGAGCUGCGUUCAGCAGUCUUCAGUCGAAUGCGUAGAGAUGACCCAGAUGCUGAGAAAAGGUACAAAAGUUCACACAUUGCCCGUGAUGAGGAAGUAACAGCUUGGAGGACCUGUCUCAGAGGGAGUAAUUUUCUUGAUAAUCCAUUCACUUCUGAUGCUCCUUUCACUUCAGUUAGUGCUGAGAAGCUGGAUCCUGAACUUGUACAUCUCACCAAUCAAGCUGUGAAGAGAAGGAGAUACUUUGCAAGAAAAAUGUUUGGAGUUGCUCAAGAAGACGACAGUGCAGAACCCAGUCAAGUGUUUGUCACAGAGGCAGAACGAGCUCAGCACAAUGAUAUUAGAAAUCAAAGGAAGGAGACGAUUGCGACUCGUGUUCUCACAGCGAUCAAUGCACUGGAUGAUGCUGGCAUCAAAACCCUUCUGCUUGCCGAAUGGGAAAUGUCUGUCAAAAAUAAGAAGAGGGAUGAUUAUAUCUCUUUCUUCUUUUGAGUUGAAGAAGAGGUUGCACAUCCUGGUCAGUAUGCAAAUGAGGGGACCGAUGAGGUUAUCCAUUCGCUAUUUAUUUUGUAUUUUAUUAUACAAAAUAUUAAAUAUCUUAAUUUUUCUAUACUACAAAUUCUAAAAAGGUUUGGUUCCUCAUUGAACAUGUGGGGAAUCAAUUUUUAGCAACAUACUGUGAUUCAAUAAAGAGCUCUCUGAUUGACAAAACUGCCAAAUUUGAAAUAUUCUAUAGAUCUAUUUCAUAUAAUAAAAUAUAAAAGAAAUUGUGAGUUGGUGACGUCAUUGGACCAUAUCGACCAGGAUGUUUAUAUAACUGUUUUGUGAAAAUAAGCGAAACUGUAAAAUGUCAUAACUUUCUUAUUUUAAAUACGAUUUUGAUGAAAGUGUUGUGUUUGAUUUUUCUCUUUUCAUUCAAAUCAACUUUUUGUUGGGGUGGACUUGCCCUUUAAAUGAGGUGGGACAUGCAAUUGUAUAUCUUAUAAUUUUGGUAAUGUUGUUUUUUAAAUUUAUGAUGUAACAAGAUUUAUGAUAUAGGGUAAUUCUCAUGGACCCAACGACCUCAUUAUAAUAAGAUACUUUAAUAUGCUGCAGGAAUCUAUAUCUGACCUCAUUUUCAUACAUGUACAUGUACAUGUAUGUGCAGCAACUGAAUAAAUUUUAUGAUCAAGCAAGAAAUGUUAUUUCUAUUACACAUGUAUUUAUUUUUUUAUUAUGAAAAGGUUCGCUCUACAAUGUACUUGUACAUGCAUAUGUUGAUACUGGUUUUAAACACACACUCAUCUUUUUAGUUGUACGAAAUUGUUUGAUAUUCAUCAUGAAUGAAAAUUUCGAAAAGUAUACAAAGCCUGGUUUACAAUCCUUGCAUUCUGUAUGAUUCAUAGGUUUGUGCAAGAUGUUCUACAUAAUAUAGGGUAUUUAUAUUGCGCACAUAUCCACCUUGUAAGGUGCUCAAGGCGCUCCUAUAUUACCCGGCUAAGCUAGGCGUUCAUAGCGCACACAGCUUUUUAAGGAAUUACUUCCUACCGGUACCCAUUUACCUCACCUGGGUUGAGUGCAGCACACUGUGGAUCAGUUUCUUGCUGAAGGAAAUUACGCCAUGGCUGGGAUUCGAACCCACGACCCUCUGUUUCAAAGUCCGAAGACUAAUCCACUGGGCCACAACGCUCCACGUUCUACAUGUUCUAUCUACCCAUGAAGCACCCCUGUGAAUAUUGUGCAGGGUGCAAAUAUUUUUCACCAAGCUCUGUGUUUGAUUUUUUUUUUUUACAUGUACAUUAUUCUAAAAUAAAAUGUCCAAUGAUUUGUAGAGCAUUUCAUCAAGAAUACCGUACGAAACCAGUGUUUUGCAUCUUUCGUAAAAUUGUAGACUGGUAUGUUUGUCCAUUUAUCAGUAUUUUGAUAG